AUGAAACUAUCUAAUAGUUUGAUACAAGAAGACGAAAGUAACACAUAUAAAUCGGUUUAUCGCGUAACUAAAUUUAUCGAACUUAACGAAAAUUCGGAUUUGGUGGGCACUGCGGACGGUAUUGUCUACUCAUUUUUAUAUGACGAUUUGAUGACUCGUCCAAAAAAAAUUGUUUCUCACUUCGGAGUUAUCAAAUCGUUGGAAAAAUCUCCCUUCUCUCAGGAUGUAUAUUUAACAACUGGUUGUGACUGCAACAUAAACAUUUGGAUCGGAGAUAUUUUUCUUGAACCAGUAAUAACUUUGAGUGUUGGCAAACAAAUCGAAAAAGCUAUUUGGAGCCGGUCAUGUUCGACAAUUAUAGCAUCUCUUAUUGACAACUGCAUAGUCGUCUGGGACUUAAGUGUGACGAAAUAUGAUCCGAUAUUUGUACAAAAAAUGCCGAACCCUAAACAAAAGUGUACCGGAUUAGAAUUUACAGCGGAUGGUAAGCACUUGUGCGUGUCCGAUGAUAGAGGGAAAGUCAUGAUGUACGUUUUGUCGAACAUUUUGCCACACGGUGAAACAGAAGAACAAAACAAUUUAGUGCAUGCCAUCGCAAAAAUAAUUUACGGUGGAAAAUAUUUGCCCAGCGUACUGAUCAAAGAACGAAAGGAGUUCGGUGAUGCAUUUGUUAGACUGGAUUACGAGAAAUAUGGACGUUCAUUUUCAUAA